AUGGGAGUCAUAAUGUCGAAAAUUAUCGACUUGUUCGGCAAGAAGGAGUGCCGCAUCCUGAUGGUCGGGCUAGAUGCAGCCGGCAAAACCACCAUUUUGUACAAGCUCAAACUCGGUGAAAUCGUGACCACGAUCCCGACCAUCGGCUUCAACGUCGAAACGCUCGAGUACAAAAACAUCACCUUCACGGUGUGGGACAUCGGCGGCCAGUACAAGAUCCGCGCGUUGUGGAAACACUACUACACAGGCACGCAGGCGCUGAUCUACGUGAUCGACUGCAACGAUCGCGACCGCAUCGAGGACGCGAAGACCGAGCUGCACCGGCUGCUGCAGGACGAGGAGUUGCGCGACGUGUGCGUGCUGAUCUACGCGAACAAGCAAGAUUUGGAUAACGCGAUCCGCCCGAACGAGCUUGCGGAGAUUUUGGAGCUUUCAAAAAUCAAGCAGAAGAACUGGCAGGUGCAGUCGGCUUCCGCGCGCACGGGGGACGGGUUGGUCGAAGGGCUCGAAUAUAUCGCGCGCGUGUUGCAGCGCUAG